CUGAGAGGCCUCCUGGUGCUGAGCCUCUGUGGGGCCCCAGGGCUCGUCCGGAACGCGGAGGGGCUGCUGCGCGGCUCCCGGCGGCUGCUGGGGGCUGGCCUCUGGGGGGCGCUGCUGCGGGCGACCUUCUACGGCCACUUCGUGGGGGGCUGCAGCCCGGGGGAGGUCCAGGCCAGCGCCGGCCGCCUGCGGGCCCUGGGCCUCCGCCCCAUGCUGGCCCUGCCCAGCGAGCAGCCUGUGGGGGAGGAGUGGUACGCAGCGAAUCAGGCGGCGGCGCUGGAGCUCGUGGCGCUGGCGGGCAGCUGCGGGCCCCACCCCAUGAUGCAGCUGAAGGUGACGUCACUGCUGAGCGCCCGCCUCUGCGAGGUGCUGUCCGAGCACGUGGUGCAGGCGGGGCGCGAGCAGGCUCUCGAUUGGCUGGAGGCGGCGCUGGGCGGGGAGGUGCUUGGCCACGCCCCCUCCCGCAUCACCCUCUCGAAGCGGCCCCAAAACCCUCGGAUUUUAGCUCCAAUUCAACCCAAAUCCGCAGGGGCCCAGAACAGGCACCUGGGGGUGGGGCUGCGGCGCCUCGAUGACGUCAGCAAGGCAGCUGCCAGCGCCGGCGUGAAGCUAUUGGUGGACGCAGAGCUGAGCCCCAUCAGCCCCGCCCUCGACCUGGUGACCCUGGCUCUGAUUGGUCGGCACAACCGGGGGGCGGAGCCCUGGAUCUGGAACACCUAUCAGGCCUACAGGAAGGACUGUGCCCCCCGGCUGUGGGGCGAUGUGGGGCUGGCCCUGCGCCGGGGCUCUCGCUGCGGCCUCAAGCUGGUCCGCGGAGCCUACCUGGAGCAGGAGAGGGCCUGGGCCAGGGCCCGGGGGGUGCAGGACCCCCUGCAGCCCAGCCUGGAGCACACACACCGCAGCUACAGCGAGUGCCUGGAGCUUGCCCUGGGGCUGGUGGCCGCUGGAGACCUGCAGCUGAUGGUGGCCACCCACAACGAGGCCUCGGUGCUGGAGGCCACCCAGAGGUCAGCAGUGGGCGUGGCCGGAAGCCCCGCCCCUGGGGCUAAGUGGCUCCCAGUUGGUUCAAUUGGCUCCUUUGGGGGUGGGGCCAGGAUGCAGCGCUUGGGCGUGGCCCGCAGCGGGGGCGGGGUCUGCUUCGGCCAAUUGCUGGGCAUGUGUGAUCACGUGUCGCUGGCGCUGGGCGCCGCCGGCUACGCUGUGUACAAAUCGGUGCCCGUGGGCGCCCCCUGCCGGACGCUGCCUUACCUGGCGCGGAGGGCGCAGGAGAACCGCGGGGUGCUGGGGGGCAGCCGGGAGCCGCUGCUGCUGCUGCGGGAGCUGCGCAGGCGCUGCUGGGGGGCCCUGGGCGGCUCCAAAACCUCCUGAAACCCACCCAAAAAGGAGCCCCCGGAGGCCGUGGG